CCCAUCCGACAAGGACAAGAGUUCCGGGUUCUUCUCAGCCGAAAGCUGCUCGCGACUGCCCGCGUUAUCACGGCGCUCACACGGCGGGGACCAUGACUCUUUUACUGGAUAACCAAUUCAAAGAUCUACCUCCUGACAAGGCGGUGGACACAAAGUUGUUCCUGGAGACUGUGUCUCAUAUUCCUGCAUUUUUUGACUGCUUGGGAUCAAGUGUAUUUUCAGUCAUCAAAUCAGACAUUAAUGGCAAUAUAAUGAAAAUUAAAGCAGUGUAUCAGAAGGAUCCUGCCAAGUAUAUCACCCUGCAGGACAUUGUGGUAGCAGAGCGAGAAGCCCAUGCGAAGGAAUGGCCUAAAGUUGGAGCAACAUUGGCUCUGAUGUGGCUGAAAAGGGGUCUCCGUUUCAUACAAAUCCUGCUGCAGAGUUUGGCAGAUGGAGAAGUGGAUGAGAACAACCCCAACCUAAUUCGGGUUAAUGUCACCAAAGCCUACGAACAGGCACUGAAGAAAUACCAUGGCUGGGUUGUUCAAAGGAUUUUCAAUGUAGCGUUACUUGCAGCUCCCUACAAAUCAAACUUCCUCAAAGCUCUGUCAAAAGGAGAGGAAGUGAAAGAAGAGGUCUGUCUGGCAAACGUGCGUCAGUUCCUGGUUAAUUACACCGCCACUGUAGAUGCCAUCUACGAGAUGUACGCAGAUCUAAACGCAGAGCUGGACUACACUGUUUGAUGUCCCUGGACAUCUGUCAGACAAGUCCAGUUUUCACAGGUGUUUUUAAUAAGAUUGUGUGUUUUUUUUUCUUUGAGUGUGGUAUUUAUUACUUUGAUUAUGCCUUACUAAAUCUUAUUAUUGUAUAUUUUGGUCUUAAAAUGAUGAAAAUGCCUUAAAUUUAUUCUUAUAGCAGAAGGUUGUGUGCUGUUUUUGUAUAUAAUUUCAAGUUACUACAGGAUUGUUGAAGUAACAGUGCUGCUCUCACUCUAACGCAGAAUGAUGUUAUUGUGUGGGUUGCUGCUUUAUUUAUGACAUUUAACAGGUGGCUUCUCACCUGUUACACCAAAGAGGAAUACAAGACUGAAAGUACUGUUAAUAUUACAGAAAACUAAUUCUGAUGAUGCCUCACAUUCAGAUGUCCUCUGCCUCUUGAGCCAUGGAGUUACCUCUGCUGUUGACCUCGUCGCAGCAGCCUCCAGUAGUCAUUUUAAAUUUUAACUGUUCAUUUUUUGGUGUGCAUUAAUCCACGUAUGCCUUGGUGAUGCUGUACGGAUACACAGUGUUUUCAAAGUGAGCUCAGUAUCUGUGUAUUUGCAAUACUAUUUUACCGGCAAAGCAAAAGUAAGAAGAGCCAGAACUAUUUUUCCUCCGAGGGCUUAACUUGUGUGCAGUCAGUGGUUUGUCUGUGUUUGCAGAAGGUGUGGUUCACUUGUGUAUGUUUUGUAUGUAUUCUUCUGCGGCCUUUUUUGAGCCUGUCUGAACUCACUUAACUUCUUUUACAUAACCAUUACAAUGUCAAAUAAUGUUUUUCAUGUGAGCAGACAGCACAUCAUGUGGACAUUUAUUAAUAACUUAUUAAUUAGAUCUGCAUUUUCUGUACAAAUACUUAUAGAUAGGCUGUUUGUUCUUGCAUUUUAAACUAUGAACAAUUUUUUUAGCACCAAAUCUUAAUGUGUGACAAAAAUAAGUGUGAUAUGUAUUAUUAAUAAUAAUAAUAAUAAUUCAGUAAUAAAUGAAUGAAUUAAUAAA